AUGGCGAAGAUUUUUGCAAAGAAAUUCACAAUUAUAUCUCCAGUUUGGUUUCAGUUAAAACCGAUUGAUUACGAAAUUGAUGGUAUUCAGAACAUCGACUUCAAAUGGAUGGAAAGCGUCAAAUCAGCGAAUAGCAAUAUCACAUUUGCUCCUAGGGUUAUCUUUGAGCAAUGGAACGCCGGUGAUUUUCAGAAUGUUUUUACGAACAAUCAACACAGAUUAGAUUGCAUCAAAGCCCUUCGCAACCUCUGCAAGACUCAUGGCUUUAGUGGACUAACUUUGGAAGUUUGGAUGCAACAUUUCGGGACAUCCCAACAAGUUCUUAUGGAUUUUCUGAUCGAACUUGCUAAAGGACUUCACAUUGAUGCAAAGUUUUUAAUUCUUCCCAUUCCUCCAUCUGUUUAUAAAGGAAACUUUGAAGGCAGGUUUGGUAAAGCUCACUUUGAUGUACUGGCAAAAUAUGUUGAUUACUUCAGCCUAAUGACCUAUGAUUACUCGAAUCCGUACUCCCCUGGUGAAAACGCGCCCCUUGAAUGGAUAACCCAGUGUGUUAAAAAUCUUGUUCCUAAUGACAAAGACACUGUGAAACGUGCUCGAAUUCUUACUGGUAUUAACUUUUAUGGAUAUGACUAUACUCCCUCACAAAGAGAUGGUCGAGCUAUUGUCAGUCAUGAAGUAGUUGAUAUUGCAAAGAAGUUUUCUCCGAAGUUUAAAUGGCACACUGACUCUUCAGAACACUCAAUGGAGUAUAUUGAUGAAAAAGGUCACGAGCAUUCUCUCUACUUCCCCACUAUUUACUCCAUCGCUAAGCGAGUUGCUAUGGUGGAGGAUAUGGGUACUGGAUUGUCAAUUUGGGAGAUUGGCCAAGGAUUUGAGAGUUUCUAUGAUCAGAUCUGA